AUGGUGAUUCAGACAAGCCUGAUGAUUGGCAACCUCGAUGAGAAACGGUUGGGCCAAGCUCAAGUCUGUCAGGCUGUCAGCCAUCAUGGCGGCAUUUUCUCCAGUGCAACCAUAGAAAAGUUCAAAUCCACCCUGGAGAGGCUUCACGAUCUAUGGAAGCUACCUGCGUUCACCUUACACAACUGGAAGAACCAGGAGUUCCAACGCUGCAACGAUGCUUUCUACAACACCCCCAAGAAUGUGGUGAUCAGCCUACAAUCAAGGUCCAGGGUCCCUGCUGAACCCGACGUGUUGAGUGUCUUCUCUCCCACUUUGUUGAGACAGGAAUAUGAUGCCGUAUCGCCAUUGGUUGUCCAACGCCAACCAGCCUCGCGUUGUCUGUCAGCAAGCACCAGCACGCCUAGAGACAACAGAAUCGCCGACUUUGAGGGCGGAACCGAUUUCGCCUCCCCCCUGGAUGCGCUUAAAUCGUCCUUUUUAGAAAUUCUCCCGGGCACAUUUGCCAAGUUCGGAUACACAGUAGUGGAGGUUUUGAGAUCAGACAAGCGAGUGCUGGGAUCUGUGGAGGUGCGGGGAUUGAUGUACUCAUCAAGCUCAACUAGAGUCAGUCGUUCACCAGGCCAGCAUGGGCAGCCGGGCCUCUUUGUAUCGGAUCUUGAGCUCAUGGAGGCGCCGGCCUCAUUCUGGGCACCUUGUGCCCCAUGA